AACCUCUUCUUGCUUGACCACCUCCAUCACCUUCCUCCGUCUGUGGCUUGUCUUGCUCGCUCAAGAUGGCAGACAACAAGGCUCCCUCGGAGGAGUCUUUCGAGUUCAUCGAGACUCCUCCCGCCCACACUCCAGCUCCGGCGGAGAACUACGGCGUGCGCACGACUUCGUACCCCGCCAUCAAGAACGCUCCUCUGCCCGCCGAUGGCGCCGGUAGCGAUUCUUUCAACAACAACAUCCUCUUCGCUCUUCUUGGUGGCAUCCCGCUGUACCUUACUUUCAAGUUCAGCGGAGGCAUCAAGACAUGGAUCUUCUUCGCCAUCCUUUGCGCCAUCCCCAUUCUGAUGGCCUUCUGGACUGUUGCCUCGACCAUGAGCCCUCGCAAGAACGAGAAGGCCAGGUUCCCCGGCAAGCCCGUCGAGCACUACCUUGAGUUCCACAGCGAGGAUGAUCGUGACAAGUACUAUGGCAAGAACAAGAUCCCCAUGGAGACCUUCCACGAGAAGUACUUUGCUGGCGAGGUCGACUUCAAGGGCGACUGCCUUGAGGUUCUCGAGUACAGGCACGACUGGGCUGACUUCCGCUUCACCCUUGGCCUGUUCUGGUUCUUCUUGACUGGCAUGAUGCCCGAGGUUAUCAUGCACACUCGUUCUCAGGACGAGGAGCAGGUUCGUGACCACUACGACCGUGGUGAUGACUUCUAUGCUUGGUUCCUUGGCCCUCGCAUGAUCUACACUUCCGGUAUCAUCUCCAACAUCCACGAGGAGGAGUCGCUUGAGCAGCUCCAGGACAACAAGCUUGCUAUUGUCUGCGAGAAGAUCGGCCUCAAGCCUGGUGAGCGUCUCCUGGACAUUGGCUGUGGCUGGGGUACCCUCGCCCGCUUCGCUAGCAAGAACUGCGGUGCUCACGUUACUGGUAUUACUCUCGGUCGCAACCAGACUGCUUGGGGCAACAGCGGUCUCCGCCGCGAGGGUAUCCCCGAGGAGCAGAGCCGCAUCCUUUGCAUGGACUACCGUGAUAUCCCUGUUCCCGAGGGCCGCUACAACAAGAUUACUUGCCUGGAGAUGGCCGAGCACGUUGGUGUUCGCCACCUGUCUGGCUUCCUUCGCCAGGUCCACGACAUGCUUGACGACGAUGGCACCUUCUUCCUCCAGAUUGCCGGUCUGCGUAAGAGCUGGCAGUACGAGGACCUUAUCUGGGGUCUUUUCAUGAACAAGUACAUCUUCCCUGGUGCCGAUGCCUCUACUCCUCUUGGUUUCGUCAUCGACAAACUUGAGGGUGCUGGUUUCGAGGUGAAGCACAUUGACACGAUCGGUGUCCACUACUCGGCUACUCUCUGGCGCUGGUACCGCAACUGGAUGGGCAACCGUGAGAAGGUCGAGGCCAAGUACGGCAAGAAGUGGUUCAGGAUCUGGGAGUACUUCCUUGCCUACUCCACGAUUACCUCUCGCCAGGGUGGUGCUACUUGCUGGCAGAUCACCCUUGUCAAGAACAUCAACUCUACUCACCGUAUCGAGGGUAUUGAGAGCCAGUACAACCUUGCUGGCGCUCUUAACACCUUCAGGAAGGAGCACGAGGCUUAAGUGAAUGACGUUAUGAAGUUGAUGAAGCAUUGUGGGAGUGAUGUGGGUAGUUAUGCUGCUCACGUCACUACCCUUUGCGUGAAUGUAGCUGCCAUUGGCUGCUAUGAAAAUUUUCUGUACGAUGCUCCUUGUCGCUAAAUCAUGUUGGAACGAGAUCAGGAUGACGGAAUGACGGAUUAAAAAAAGGGAACAGGGUAGAUAUUGUAUAUAUGAGGGGCACGGUAGGCGGCUUGCAGAGCCCUCCGGAGAAUUCAACACCAGUCACU